AUGUCUUAUAACAUAUGGACGGCUGCAGCCGAUGGUAAACUGGAAAUCGUGUCACAAUUAAUAGAAUCAGGAAAUUUCAGUCCGAACAUUAAGGAUGAAAAUGGUUACACACCAAUGCAUGCUGCCGCCUCGUAUAAUAGGAAAGAAAUAUUGAGUUACCUUAUAUCUAAAGGUGGUAAUGCAAACAUUCAGGAUAGUGAUGGUGAUACACCCUUGCAUCAGGCUGAAACUGUGGAAACAGCCAAAAUAUUACUAGACGAAGGUAACGCAGAUCCAAGAACUACAAAUAGUGAUGGAAAGACAGCACUUGAAACCCUUCAGGAAGACAACGAAUUCCCGGAAUUAAUUAAAUUUUUGCAAGAUUUGAGUUCACAAAGUAAUGUUACAACAUCUGUUGACCAAGACAUCAUUCAAAAGACAUUUAAUGGACAGCCUAUUCAGGUAUAUCUCUCUAGGUUGCAGGACGAUAACUCUCCUGAGCUUUUGAAGAGAAGAGAACAAAUCCAAAAAAUUAUGACACAGGAUAUACCAGAAGCAGAAAAGGACGAAAAACUAAAAAAGCUCGUAUUAGAUGCAUUAACCAGCGAUGUUGUCGAAGGGGACGGAAAUCCGAAAAAGAGAAGACUGUAA